CAUUCUCUUACAGCCAAGCUUCCACUGCUCUCCUGGCCUUUCAAUCAUCUUUUGAUCUGUUGACACUUCCUCUCUCUUUCCUCCACAAUUCUUCCCUCUGGUCUCCAUCCUCCAUUUCCACCAUUUUCGCCCCUUCCUUCACUUUCCAAAUUUCAUUUCCUCUCACUUAAACCAUCCCUUUAAUUAUUCAGCUGCAGACGUCUGUCCACAGCUGCUUACAAUAAGUAUAACACAAAAAGUCAACACAUUUUUUAAAUCCCAUAAUCCCAAGCAGGCCUGUAAAUGAGAAAUGCAACAGUCAACAAUGUAAGGCUUUGUUUUUCUGCCACAGUCUCUCUUUUCAGUUCUCACCACCCUUCCUCCUGCUCUGCUUCUCUCUGCCCCUCCACAGUAUGUUUUCAUUUCGCUCCUUUAAGGAAUGUAAAUACAGCAGCUGACUGACCGCUGCACCAAGGAUGUGGCUUCCACAUGAAUCUCUCAGCCAGUUGUCUCGAGUUUUAGGCACAAGGUUUGUGUGUCAAGAAGAUGAGGCUUUUAUGGCUGCAGACAUCUCAGCUGCUGUCAUGUCAUGGUCAGGUUUGAGGCUGAUGAUGGCACCCUUGUAGUGUUACGCUUCUUGCCAACCUAAUUUCAAUAAAUAAAUGCUGGCCUGUCUCUUUCUUGCAUACAUAAAGCUCAUUGUUUCACAUCAACCCAAAUGCUUGUCUUACAUUCUCUUCACUUUGCCCCAGUUGGUGUAUUUUUGAAUCACUUCCAGCAUCUAAAUACAGGAAAUGACAUGCCUGCCAACAUCUGUAACAUUUUUGCUCCUCUCUCUCUCUUUCUCUCUGUGUAUGUGUAGAAAAGCUGAAAAGUCGAACAAAAACUCAGCACUUGGUGUACUUUGGUAACUCACUUCUGGACACCUGAUGUCUAUCUUGCAUGACACACAGUAAGUCACUCAUGCAAAUGCAGCAGCUGUUAGACACAAACACUUUUCCACGUUGCUUUUGCUGCUGCAGAAAUGUUGCAUCCACUUUAUAGGUUAAUACUGCUAAUCAAAUCCUGCUGCUUAAGGCUCCCACAGAGAUACAUUCACAUCACAAGCUGAUCUAAUUUCCACCAAUGCCUCUUUCUCCCUGUGUUUUUCCACAAAACCAGACCAUCAUCAUCUGCACCCAACACAUACCAGAAAAGCGUGGCACAUUGCCUUGUUUUUCCUCCAUAAACACGCACACAUGCCUUCAGAGCUACUACCUUCCCAGCACGCAAACAAACCACUCACGACCAUUCUCUGUCUCUCUCUCUCUCUCCGCCGUCACACACUCUCUCCCCUUGACACACAUACACACACACCUCUGUGAAAGCGCCUCACAUUCCCACAAGUGUCGAAGCGCUUUGGGGGAAUUGGAUGGAGCUGCCGCGUCUCUCUCCGGCUCGGAGGAAUAAAAACGCCGUUUAUUCGCUGGAACAGAGCGCGCACCAUUUUUGUUCCGUGGUCUAAGAAGAAGUUGUAAUCUGUCUUUUCUUUUGUUUUAUGUGAAAUCAAGUUUUUGGACACGGAAACAAGGAUAGUGCGAGUUUUACGCAUUAAGGCAAGCAGAAAGGACAUCCAUCACACGAGCGGCUUUUGUCUGUUUUCCAGUUAAACAAGGAAUAUUAUUCCCACCUGGGAAUUGCAAGCCCUGCAUUAACGACUUUAAAGGGGUGGAAUGUGUUAAAGUAUUUUCCUUCAGUCUUAAGUGGGAGCGUGUUUCACAGUCCACAUACUCUCCGGAUGGCGUAAAGCGCGUUCUUGAAUAAAGUCGUCAAAAUAGUCCUCCCAUAGUCUUACAACUCCACUUUGACCUAGACAAACUACAGCGAUGCCAAUAUAUCGUCUCUACUGAAGACUUUGCAGAGACUGCGCUGCUGGCUCCAAACCCUGCAUUCAUUUUCUCCGGUAUGGCAUUUCAUUUGAAGUAGCCUUCAAAGUGGAAUAUGGCUUUUUACUUUCUCCUGGGUACAGCCUAAUCCCUACCGUGCGUAAUGACACAGUGACGGUGAAAACGCGGCAUUUGUAAAGGAUAAGUAUGACUGCAGCGGCAGGUGUGCUAACAGGCUUGGCCAAGCUAAAACGCCAAGACUCCGCCCACUCUCAGCACCGGCCUGUAGCUUCUGCAUCCUCAGGCCUGGGAAACCCUGCCCCAGGGGCUGCUCCCAGAAAGAGGAAGCGACGUACUGAUGUGGUGGUGGUACGUGGAAGGCUCCGGCUCUACUCUGCCUCGGGGUUCUUCCUCCUCCUGGGGCUGGUUGUCUUGGCCAUAGGCAUUGGCAUGGCGACGCUUGGUUACUGGCCACACAGUGAAAUCAUGCCCACAAACAAACCAUCGAGCAGAGAAGGUUUUAAAUCAGCAACUACUGGAGAACCCAAAACAUCUUCCACAAGUGAAGAAAAUCGAGCCCAGAUAGGCGUCACAGAAGGCGAAGUGGUUAACUCCAGCAUGAGUCAUAAUGUGCAAGGUACGUCCUCCGAGGAAACUGGGGGGGCUUUGAUGCGGUUCCUGGAACAGCAUCGUCACUCUGAGCGGAUGAAGAUGCUCGGGCCCUUCACCAUGGGCAUUGGGAUUUUCAUCUUCAUCUGUGCUAAUGCCAUACUUCAUGAAAACAGAGACAGAGAAACGAAGAUAAUCCAUAUGAGAGACAUGUACUCCACAGUCAUUGACAUCCAUCGCCUCAGGCAAAGAGAGCAAAAACAACACCAUCACCGCAGCAGCACCUAUGCAAGAGAGGUUGGGGAUCUUCAAGCCUUUGGAGCUGACAGUGCAGUGAGGCUAGCCAGCAACUCGCUCCUGGCCUUUUCCUCUCGGGCCGGAGGUGGCAUUGGAGGGGGAGGAGGCUCUAAAGAGGAGGAGGAGGUGCUGUUAGGGGAUGGGGAGUUUCACAGACACAAGUCUAAAUUGGACUGCAGCUUUGUGGGGCUGCUGGCGCCGCUCUACAAGGAUCGCCCCUUCUGUGGCCCGGGGCUCAGGUUGGCUCACUCAGAUUCAGUGCACCAACAGUGGAAAGUGGACAGAGAUGGGGACAAGGCAGGCCACCAUGCGCGUUCUAUCGUCUCCUCCUCUAUCUCUGCAUUUACUCUCCCUGUUAUAAAACUCAACAACUGUGUUAUUGAUGAACCAGAGAUGGAGGCAAUUACAGAGGAGGACAGAAGAGGAGAGAGAAGAGACGGAGAAAGGUCGCAGCCUCUGAGCUCCAUAGAGUCUCUGGUGGUCCCUGUAGCAUCUGUUGCCAAGGCCUCUAAACCACCAGGCUUACACCGGAGUAACUCUGCUUCCUCUUCCUCCCACUGUUCCUCCAUCUCUUCUUCUUCUCUCUCCCCUGCUCCCUCCUCUACCUCAGGCUGCUGGCUCUCCCCAGGAGCAGCAAGAAGUGACUUUGGCUCCAACUCCUCCCUGCACGUACUCGGCAGCCACUCCAAAUCUCUGGACCUGGAGCGUGGGCCAAGCAUGCUCAGUGUGCACCCGGAGCAGAGGAAACACCCCAGCUGGCCCCGCCUUGACCGUAGCAAUAGCAGCCGCAGUCACAGCAGCACACGGGGCAGCAGUAAAGGCUACAUGCGGCUGGAGAACAGGGAAGAGCAAGGCGAACGUUUGUUGGAUGUGUCACCAUGUGUGACAGUGAGGCGAGACUACAGCAAGCGCGAGAAGCUGCUAAUGAUAUCGAGGUCACAUAAUAAUCUUAGCUUUGAGUAUGACGAGCUUAACAGAAGCACACUGAAGAGAGGCAGCUCUGAGACUCGAUUCUGAAGGCACUGAACUAAAGUAAAUGGUAAAUGGUCUUAUACUUGUAUAGCGCCUUUCUAUGCUUUUACAGCACACUCAAAAGCGCUUU